AUGACCAUUCCUCCAUUUUCCAAACUAACAAUUAGAGAUGAUGACUGGGUAAAAUAUAAUGAUUCAUGGCCAGAUGAACUUGGGGUGCAAGGGCACAAAGUGCAAAAAAAUGGAGACCGAGAAGUCUGGGCUGGUCCAUUAAGUGGAGGGAGAGUUGCAGUUGUUCUAUGGAAUAGAGGGCCUACUCAAGCAUCCAUCACUGCCAGCUGGAGCAGCAUUGGUCUUAGCACUUCAGCUGUCGUCAACGCUCAUGAUCUGUGGACAGUUGAGGUUAUAUCAUCUGUGCAAGGAGAGCUGAAGGCGACAGUGGAAACACAUGCUUGCAAGAUGUCACGAACUUGCAGCAAUCAGAUGCCUGGUUCGCUCGGAUAUGAAGAGCAAGAUGCAAAAGCCUUCGCAUCUUGGGGAGUUGACUACUUGAAGUAUGACAACUGCAAUGACCAGGGAUUGAGUCCGCAGCCAAGGGGUGUGAAUGACCCAGCAACAUGGGCAAGUGGUGUAGGAAACAGUUGGAGAACAACCGGUGACAUCCAGGACAACUGGGGAAGCAUGACGGCCAUCGCCGAUGCUAAUGACAAAUGGGCAUCAUAUGCACGGCCUGGUGGAUGGAAUGACCCGGACAUGCUGGAAGUCGGAAACGGGGGGAUGUCAACAGAGGAGUACCGCUCCCAUUUCAGCAUAUGGGCUCUAGUGAAGGCACCUCUUCUGAUUGGCUGCGACAUCCGCUCGAUGAGUAACGAUACCAAGGAAAUCCUCAGCAAUCAUAACGUCAUCGCGGUUAAUCAAGAUGUGCUUGGGGUGCAAGGGCGCAAAGUGCUACAAGAUGGAGACCAACAAGUAAGUAAACAAGGGAGAGUUGCAGUUGUUCUAUGGAACAGAGGGUCUGAUGAAGCAUCCAUUACUGCCAGCUGGAGCAGCAUUGGUCUUAAUGAACCCACCGUCGUCGAUGCUCAUGAUCUGUGGACCGGUGAGGUUACAUCAUCGGUGCAAGGAUAA